GGGGCCGCUGGGAUAUGGUUCCACCCGUACUUGGACCGCCGGUAGGUGUCCCGUCCUGCACCGCGCGGGGUCAACGCGAGGUCGGAGGGGCUUGCAGCGCGGCGUCGGCGGCUGAGGCUCCCGGAUCUGAGCAGGUGGAGGGUGCCAGGGCAGGAUGUAUACGCUGCUUUCGGGGCUGUACAAGUACAUGUUCCAGAAGGACGAAUACUGCAUCCUGAUCCUGGGCCUGGACAAUGCUGGGAAGACAGUAGGUGCCUAUUCUCUCACCAAGUCCUAUUCCCUGCCUUAUGUUUUCUUCUUUGGAAAUCUAACCCCCACCCAAGACUACAGACCUUCUUGGAACAAUCAAAAACACGGUUUAACAAGAACUACAAGGGGAUGAGUCUAUCUAAAAUCACCACCACCGUGGGUCUAAACAUUGGCACUGUGGACGUGGGGAAGGCUCGUCUCAUGUUCUGGGACUUAGGUGGGCAAGAAGAGCUGCAGUCUUUGUGGGACAAGUACUAUGCAGAGUGCCAUGGUGUCAUCUAUGUCAUUGACUCCACUGAUGAGGAGAGACUGUCAGAAUCCAAAGAGGCAUUUGAGAAGGUGGUUUCGAGUGAAGCACUGGACGGUGUCCCCAUCCUGGUGUUGGCCAACAAGCAGGAUGUGGAGACCUGCCUCUCCAUUCCUGACAUCAAGACUGCAUUCAGUGACUGUACCUGCAAGAUUGGCCGACGAGACUGUCUGACCCAGGCCUGCUCUGCUCUCACAGGCAAAGGAGUUCGAGAGGGCAUCGAAUGGAUGGUGAAGUGUGUCGUGAGGAAUGUUCACCGGCCACCACGGCAGAGGGACAUCACAUAAGCAAUGCCAGCUUCGCAGUCUUGGGACUAUUCAUCCCUGGUGUUGGAAGAGUACUCCCUGCUGGCUGUGUGCCACCGAUGCUGGGGUUGAGCUGGCUGUGUUUGUUCAUUCGUUUAUUCGCUUUAUGUUUUCUCUAAGACAAACUUUUCUCUGUGUCUGGAAAAUGUAGGUAUCCAGAGACAAAUGGGGGGCAUACAGGUCAUCCAGCUCUAGAUGCCCUACCUCCCAUUCCACCCCAUUCCAGAUCUGGGACCCUCCCAAACCUGUAAGGAGGGGUUGGGGUGAGGCUACCCCUAGGCUUGCCUGUUGGCCCAUUCCAAAGUGGAGUUUGAGGGCAUCCUGCUUGAAAUGGGAGGUCUGUUCCUGGCAGCUGCUUUGUCCAGCUUGCCCAUGUAAAAGGUGGGAAUGGCCAGGGCUAGUCCCCACUUGAAGAAAGACUUAGCCCACAUUCCAGAGGCCAGAUGGCCCCUUGUUUUGUUUGGAGUUGAGUGUGAGACAAGAGUUUUCUGUAACCCAUGUUAACCCAGAACCUUUUGCCUCCUUCCCUGUACCUGUGGGAAUUAUAGGUGUGGAGGUACCACACUCACCUUUCCACUAGGUUUUGGUACAGUCUCAAGACAGGGUUCAGUAGACCUGCCUGGGAAGUCUGACUUCCCUUAUUCUCUCUGAUUUAUCUCCAAAGGAGAAAGCUGAUCUAGAAAUCUCACUGAGUGUACACUUCAGUGCUCCCAUACUCAGGUUGUGUGGUGUCCUGAGGGCACACCUUUCACCAGGUUAUUAGGUGUUGCUAUAGCUAGUGCAGGUGGGCUCGGUCCCUACAGGGUCCAUGUCAGUGAAGUGCUGGAUGGGUGUGAGGUGCGGAUUCCUGGGGGGCAGCAGCCCUGCCCACUAAGCCUACUAGGUUAAAUUCUUCCUCAUGUGGCCAGGAUAAGGUUGUAAAAUAAAGACAGCCUAAGUGGCUCCUGUCCAAUCAUCCCUUCCAGCAGUCAAACACUGGUUCCCCACUGUCUGGUGAUUAUAGCCAGAAGCUGCUGCCCUAGAAUGCCUGCUGAGCAGGAGCUCCCAGGGAGGUUUGUAGCUGUGGCUAAGCCUUGGGUUCAAGACCUAUUGGCUCCUGUCCAAGGUCAUCCUCUUCAAGGGGGGUUGGAAGGAGUAGCUAAGAAGUUAUGAAUCAGGAAGAGGGCAGUGGGUACUCUGAUUCAAGGAGAGGUCCUAUCCCAUAGGUGUCCUAUGAGCUGGGUUGAAUCCUUCCUUGAGGAUCCUCCUGGGAAUUAAAGAAAAGGCUGCUCAUAAGAUGGACAAACCAAGGGGAAGUCUAGCAUGGGGCAGCAGACAUUCAAGAUGUCUCUCUGGCCACCUCCCCUCAAUUCUGUCAACAUUGAGCAAGAUUAGGAGCUUCAUAGAGUAACCUUUGGGACAGAGCUGCAAAUUGAGAACAGCUGUCUUUCUGAAAUGAAUAAUAGCUUUAUAAAAACUUCCAGAACUUGGAAGGCAGAGGCAGGCACAUCUCUGUGGGUUCAAGGCGAAUGCCAGGGCUGUUACACGGAGAAA